CUUCAAUAGAAACCGUUGACUACUAGAUAUUUUCCUACCAAAGAUGCGGAAUGACUUGUUCUUGAGGAUAUAAUAAGUAUAAUACACACGAUAAUUUAUCUGAAACCUAGGAAUUCGCCAGUUCUUCAUCGGAAAUCGUCCUCACUUACAAACCAUCCACCCACUUUCCACCCAUCCAUAACCCGAUACACAUAGUACCACUUCCAAUCCUCCCCGCAUAUAUCCGUCACUCAUUUUCACAAUGGCGCCCAACAGAGGCUCCUCUUCCAAAGCCUCAAACAAAUCCUCCUCUGCCUCCAAAUCCAAAUCCAAACCCCUCUCCUCCAGCUCCCGCGUCUCCAAACCCAAAUCCAAGUCCUCCGUCUCCCGGCCCCCACCCAAGGAAGUAAAAGCCAAACCGCGCACCGCCCCAGAGAAUCUGAAGAAAAGGAAGAGACGCGUAUACACCGAGAAGGAGCUGGAUCUGCCGCAGCUGAAUAUGAUUACGCCUGUGGGCGUGACCAAGCCGAAGGGGAUGAAGAAGGGGAAGGUGUUUGUGGAUGAUCAGGAGAGUAUGAUGACUAUUCUAGCCAUGGUGAAUGCAGAAAAGGAGGGCCAGAUCGAGUCGAAGAUGAUGAAGGCGAGACAGCUGGAGGAGAUCCGUGAGGCGAGGAGGAAGGAGGCGGAAGCGAGGCAGAUGGAGAAGAAGGAGAAGCUGGAAAGCGUGAAAGAUUCGCUCCGACGGAAGAAGCGGCAGAGUACUGAUGGGGCUAAGCAUAAUGGGAAGAAAACAUCAUCGUCCUCGUCAUCGGGAGAAACGAAGUCGUCAAAACCUAGUCGGAAGCGGGUAUCAUUCGCGUGAAAGGAUAGCGUUGUAAACUGUAUGGAAGGCGCACCAUGGAGUAAAUGGAAAAGUAUUGUCUUUUACUGGAAGGGAUUAUAUUCGUCAUGAUACCAUUUUCCUUGUUCUUUUUUCUUUCUCACUUUUUUCUUUUAUCUGAUCUGAAUUGCUUGAAUAGGGCACUGGCGUUGUUUCUAAAAAUAUGUUUUUCCCGUUAUGAUAUGUACAGCAGUGUUGGAACGAAUUUUAUCAUACUUUUCAAUGCCUUCUCUAUUGAUCAAAAUAUCUCUCUAAAUCUAUAUAUAAUAGGGGAAAACAUAUCGUCGUUAUAUAAUACAGACCGAACAUAUACCCAACUGCAACAGCAACUUAAUCCAGCCCAAUGCUUAAAUUAAUUACCCAAAUCGACCGCCGUACUCUUCCCCAUACUCACAAAC